AUGUUGCACGUGACUUGUGGGUUCUCAGACUGGCUGGAUAUAUUCAUCUCGUGGUUGUUUGGUCCUCACAUGUACCAAGUGGUUGAUGGUCAACUUUCAGGAGAUCAGAACGCCGUCUGCUGUGAUCGUUCCGAGAGAUAUCAGAGGGGCGAAAGAAAACUCGAUGAGGACUUGGGAACUGCUAACUUAAUCGUCUUAGGUUGA